CGUUAAACCCUCUCCCCUUUCAGAUACUCUCUGCUUUUUUCUUUGUUAGGGUUUGGUCGUUACAGUUUGUAGCAUCAGACCAGUUUGCUACUUUGCCUUUAUCUCUUGGAUUUGGAUAUGGCUGCCGAAAGACUGAGAGAUUUGAGCCAGCCGAUUGACGUCUCCUUGCUCGACGCUACCGUUGCAGCUUUCUAUGGUACCGGAUCUAAAGAAGAGAGAUCUCAAGCAGAUCAGAUCUUGAGAGAUCUGCAAAAUAAUCCAGACAUGUGGCUUCAAGUUGUGCACAUCCUACAGCAUACAAAGAGCCUGAAUACUAAGUUCUUUGCCUUGCAGGUUCUUGAAGGUGUUAUCAAGUACAGGUGGAAUGCUUUACCUGUUGAACAACGAGGUGGAAUGAAAAAUUACAUUUCUGAAGUCAUUGUACAGUUAUCAAGUAACGAGGCUUCUUUUCGAUCAGAAAGACUCUAUGUCAACAAGCUGAAUAUCAUAUUGGUUCAGAUUUUAAAGCAUGAUUGGCCAUCUAGAUGGCAGAGCUUUAUUCCUGAUCUUGUUGCAGCAGCAAAAACAAGUGAAACAAUUUGUGAGAAUUGCAUGGCAAUAUUGAAACUUCUGAGUGAAGAAACUUUUGAUUUCUCAAGGGGAGAAAUGACCCAACAGAAGAUCAAAGAGCUUAAGCAAUCACUUAACAGUGAGUUUCAACUCAUUCAUGAGUUAUGCAUGUAUGUAUUAUCAGCAUCACAAAGACCUGAACUCAUAAGAGCAACACUCUCCACAUUGCAUGCUUUUCUUUCUUGGAUUCCCCUCGGUUUUAUUUUUGAGUCCCCAUUGCUGGAAACACUCCUCAAAUUUUUUCCUGUGCCUUCAUAUCGGAAUCUUACCAUCCAAUGUUUGACGGAGGUUGCAGCCUUAAAUUUUGGGGACUACUAUGAUGUUCAAUAUGUUAAGAUGUACACAGUAUUUAUGGUCCAGUUGCAGGCUAUUCUUCCUACAACUACAAACAUCCCUGAAGCUUAUGCUCAUGGAAAUAGUGAAGAACAGGCAUUUAUUCAGAAUUUGGCGCUGUUCUUCACUUCAUUCUACAAGUUCCAUAUUCGGGUAUUAGAAAAUUCCCAGGAGAAUAUAUCUGCACUGCUGAUAGGUCUUGAAUAUCUCAUUAACAUCUCUUAUGUGGAUGAUACAGAAGUCUUUAAGGUUUGCUUGGACUAUUGGAAUUCCAUGGUUUUGGAACUGUUUGAAGCACAUCAUAAUAUGGAUAAUCCUGCUGUUAAUGCAAGCUUAUUGGGACUGCAGCAGGUGUCUAUGCUUCCUGUCGUGGUGGACGGCCUUGGUACCCAGCUUCUGCAGCGGCGCCAUCUUUAUGCUGGUACAAUGUCAAAGUUGAGAAUGCUUAUGAUUUGUCGAAUGGCUAAGCCUGAAGAGGUUCUGAUAGUUGAAGAUGAAAAUGGGAAUAUAGUUCGUGAAACUAUGAAGGACAAUGAUGUUCUUGUUCAGUAUAAGAUCAUGCGGGAGACGUUGAUUUAUCUAUCACACCUUGAUCAUGAGGAUACUGAAAAGCAAAUGCUGAAGAAAUUAAGUAAACAACUAAGUGGUGAGGAUUGGACAUGGAACAAUCUGAACACAUUAUGCUGGGCAAUAGGAUCCAUUUCUGGUUCCAUGAUGGAAGAACAGGAGAACAGGUUUCUGGUGAUGGUCAUUCGUGAUUUAUUAAAUCUAUGUGAGAUCACUAAAGGAAAAGAUAACAAAGCUGUUAUCGCAAGUAACAUUAUGUAUGUUGUUGGACAAUAUCCAAGAUUCUUAAGAGCCCAUUGGAAGUUUCUGAAAACAGUUGUCAAUAAGCUGUUUGAGUUCAUGCAUGAAACCCAUCCUGGAGUUCAGGAUAUGGCCUGUGACACUUUCUUGAAAAUUGUUCAGAAAUGCAAGCGGAAAUUUGUUAUUCUACAGGUUGGAGAAAGUGAACCCUUUGUUUCUGAACUUCUAUCAGGCCUUGUGACAACUGUUGCUGAUCUUGAGCCUCACCAGAUUCAUACGUUUUAUGAAGCUGUUGGUCAUAUGAUUAAUGCAGAAUCUGAUCCCCAAAAGAGGGAUGAAUACUUGCAGAGAUUGAUGGAACUUCCUAAUCGGAAAUGGGUUGAAAUCAUUGCGCGGGCACGUCAGAGUGUUGACUUUCUUAAAGACCAGGAAGUAAUUAGAACUGUGCUAAAUAUACUACAGACAAAUACCAGUGUGGCUAGUUCCCUUGGGACAUACUUUUUAUCCCAAAUUUCUUUGAUCUUUCUGGAUAUGCUUAAUGUAUACAGAAUGUACAGUGAGCUAAUAUCAAGCAGCAUUGCAGAGGGAGGGCCCUUUGCAUCAAAAACAUCAUAUGUGAAACUUCUGCGAUCUGUUAAAAGAGAGACUUUAAAGCUCAUUGAGACAUUUUUGGACAAGGCAGAAGAUCAACCACAAAUUGGGAAGCAGUUUGUGCCUCCAAUGAUGGAUCCAGUUCUUGGUGAUUAUGCAAGGAAUUUGCCUGAUGCUAGAGAAUCUGAAGUUUUGUCGCUUUUCUCCACAAUAAUAAACAAGUAUAAAGCUGCAAUGGUUGAUGAUGUACCCCGAAUAUUUGAAGCUGUUUUCCAAUGCACAUUGGAGAUGAUAACCAAAAAUUUUGAAGACUACCCAGAACAUCGCCUCAAAUUCUUUUCAUUAUUACGUGCCAUUGCUACGCAUUGUUUUCCUGCGCUUAUUCUGCUGUCCAGUCAGGUUGGUGUUUAAUGUUUCUUGUCAAGUCAUUAAUUCUUAAAUCCUUUUCAGCAUACAUUUCAUAUCCAUUGACUUUGCUUAAUGACAUAGGUAUUUCCUUUUUGUUUGUACUUUUUUCUGACUAGGCUCCUUUUUUGUAAUUAUUAAAUAUAAUAAUAUUGAUUUA